AUGGCCCAGGCAGAGCCCGGGGCGGCGUCGCUGCUGAGGGAGGUGGAGGGCUGGGACUCCGAGCUGUGCCGCCGCCAGCUUCCCGCCGUCCUGCCCCGGCUCCUGUCCAUGUAUCAGAUUUCUGACAACUGGACUGAGCCUAUUUGUGUCUUGAGAAUCCUGGCAGAACGGUUUCUGCCCCACAUUACUCUUUCCGAGUUAGAGCAGGCAUUUUUCUCCAAAGUGUUACCAAAGGCAGUACAAUUGUUUGAUCUUUUGAUAUAUGAAUUAUCCAGUCAGGCAAAAGGAUUAACAAACGAGAAUGCAGAAUUGCACAUGACAUUGGGGAGUCAUCUGAAGACCGUAGUGCAGCUGAUGGAAGUAUUAAGAGGAUGCGUGCAACACAUCUGUACUACGCAGGAGACCGUGCCUCUAGAAUGUAUCCACAGUCUUCCCUCUUCUGUUCUUCAUGUGAUCAAGAACACGUUUAUAUACUGCAGGGACAGUGAGUCGCUGUACAGUGACUAUCUCCAUCUGUUUGCUGACUUACUCCAGUCUUUGUUUAAGGAAGCCUAUACUUUGCAGAAGCAGCUUAUGGAGAUGCUUGAUAUGAUCUCUGUGGAUUCCUGUGCUACUGAAGACGGUACAGCAACUGUGGUUUCAGUGAUUCACACUGUGUUGGAGAUCUGCUCUGCUAUUUCCAGCAUAGAUCAUGCCCUUCAUGCGAACACAUGGAAGUUUUUGAUCAGGCAAAGCAUGAAACACAAGUCGCUGAUCAAGAACAGCUUGAAGCACGCUGCUAUCCUCGGUGGCCUUUGUGAGGGCAUCCUGUUCUCCUUCCAGUCUUGUUUGCUGCUGGCUGAGCAGAUGAAACGGUCUGGGACGCAGGAGAACGUUGAUUAUAAGAUAUUUCAGAGGACAAUCAAGCUGUGUAGGUUCUUUGCCGUUUCCUUGGUGCACUACAUCAAGGAAUUCACUCCUUUCUUGGUGGAUUCUUGCUCUCAGUUACACCAGACGUAUCUUCAAAUAUACAGCAAGUUUCCCCCAAGUCUUCAUGCUGCGGUGAUUGCUGAGGCACAUCAGGAUGAAAUAGCAAAAGGAUUCCUGCUGGCCCUGGAUCCUCUCCUCCCCAGCCUGCUCACCUUCAGGCCUUUUGCAGAGGCUGUGUUAAGUAACGUAUUAGCUUUCUCUCCUGAGCUGAACUUUGCACAGUGCCGCCUCCUGCUUUCUGUAAUGGACCUGUUGCCAUCCCAGCCCCAGGAGGUGCAGGAGCUUUGGAACACAGGAAGUCACUUCUCAGAAGACACUCCCAGGGUCCCCGUGUUUACCGCUCUCUUCCUCAGCCUACAGCAGUGCUCUGGAGAACUUUCCCUUCCUGUCUUUUUGCCGGGAGAGAUGGCAACUGGAAAAGCAGAGAGCUCUGUCACUUUCUACCACUACGUCUGUAUCCACUUGUGUGCCUUUGCCACCUCCCUCUGUGUGUCACAUUUCCCUCUGCUGGAACGGUCACUGCUGGAAACCAUACUUGGUUCUAACAUGAUAACUGUUCUCCUAGCUGUGGAUGUCUGGUGCUUCCUUGUCCGGUAUGGAACAGCAGAUCUAUGUGCUCAUCAUGCGUUUACAAUAGCCAGUUUGAUAAGAUCUUGUCCUGCUGAACAUUACCGGGUCUCUCUGCUGGGUGUCCUGUUGAGACGCCUGCUCUUCCUGACGGCUCCCGAUCACCAGGUGGCAUUUAUCCAAAGAUUUCCUCCCAAAGAAUUGGAGAAUCUGGUCUUGUGGCAGCAUUUUUCUCUCAAGGCCCUGAUGGCUCCACUUAGGAAGCAGGUUGCUCAUCAGCUUUUUGCGGCAGGACUUGAACAGUGCGAAGAGUGGCUGAGCAACCAAAGGCUACUGGAGGAGCUUCCACGGGGGAAUGCCGCUCUUUCUGCCUUGUUGUCAGUGUGCCAGACGGCCGGAGAGACUCUGGAGGCGGGACAGCAGUCGGCGCUUGUCAGAGCCGCCGGUCAGCUUUUGGCUGCUGUAAAUGUUACACAGGUCUCCAGUCAGCCCUGUCUGCAGCAGGCCUUGUGCUUGACGUUUCAACUUUUGAAGCAUUGCAUCCAAAUAGUAGAGCCUCAAAUGCUAAUUCAGAUACUGGCAUUGCAGAAUUCUCUCCUCCAACUCAGUCCUCCUGACCAUAUUCAGCUUGAGAUCUUAGAUUUUCUCUCGUCAGUGGGGAAAUUAUUUAUUCCACCAGAUUGUCAGGUACCGGUUCUGUCCAAGCUGUCCUGUCUGUUUGCUUCUUUGCUGGCCAGCAGUAGCUGGCUGAUUCAUCAGCAUGCCCUAGAGGCAUUUACCCAGUUUGCAGAGGAAACAAGCCAUGAAGACAUCAUUCCUCAGUGCCUCAGCUCGGAAGAAACUAAAAACAAAGUUGUUUGUUUCCUGUCAAAGGGCUGCCGUGCAGAGGAGACCAAAGAAGCCAGAGCGGAACGAAUGAAAGAGGAAAAUGUCCUUUUCAAUCGCGUCUUGGUAGAGGAUAGAGCAGAGAGACUAAGAAUGGCCGUAUCAGAGUCCUCCCCGAAAAGAAUGUGCUACUCGCCCAGCGAGAGGCAAUACGAGUCUGCAGUUGACCGUGCCGCAGGGGCCAUGGAGACGAUGAAGCUGCUGCUGCAGAAAGGCCCGCCCCCAGCAUGGCUUGCCAAGAAACUGGAAGCACUGCAGACAACCCUGGACAGUCUGAAGGAAAGCUCAUGCUGA